AGAAAAAAAUGAUUAUGUGUGGUGCAACUGUAGCAAAAUUCUAUUUAUGAUGGUUUUGUUAUAGAAAACAAAUUUCAAGGAGUAUGGGAAAUUGCUGCUGUAAGGGGGCUAAGGAAGAUAUUUCCACCAAGGCUGUCGUUUACAGUGUCGAUCCACCAUCACAACCAGCACAAGAUGUGACUCCUCUGAAUCCAUAUGUACAUCAACCUCCUCCAUCAGCAUCUAAAGCUGUUCCCAAUCACUACGUAGCACUGUACGACUAUGAAACUGCAGUAGAUUCGCUACCCUUCAGAAAAUUCGAUGAGUUCCAAAUAAUCGACUUCACGACAACUGACUGGUUCCUAGCCAGGAAGCUAACAGAUAAUACCGAGGGCUUUGUGCCUGCUUCUUACAUAGCCGAAUUCGGAUCCCUUAAAACUUAUCCAUGGUAUUUCGAAGUGUUGAGCAGGAAAGAUGCGGGUGUGAUGUUGAACAAGAGUGUUGACGGUUCUUAUCUGGUCAGACCCAGUGAGACUAAGCCCGGUUGUUUCUCGCUGUCUGUUAAGGUUCCUGAGAUGUCGAAGCAAACAGAUGAUCCGAACAAGAAGCCUAACAGCAUCAAACAUUACAUCAUCCGACACAGUAAAGAGAAUAACACUUUCUUCAUCCGACAACAAAUGCCGUUUAAGUCUAUUGCUGAGCUCCUGGAGUUUUUUAAAAGCAAUAAAGAUCAGCUUGGAUAUCAACUAACCGAGGCUGCUAAGCCUCUCUCAUCGCUCCCUGACCUGGUUGUCAAAACCUGGGAGAUUGAUCCUAAAGAUAUACAACUCGGAGCUGAACUUGGUCACGGAGCCUUCGGUAUGGUAUACAGAGGAACCCUCAAGGGACAAACCCAAGUUGCUAUCAAGACCUUCAAACCUGGUACCAUGGACACAGAGGCAUUCCUUGAGGAGGCUGAUCUGAUGAAGAAGUUGAGACAUAAGAACAUCCUGAGUUUGUUGGCUAUUCAGACCAAGGCGGAACCCAUUAUGAUCAUUACUGAGUUGAUGGGAAACGGGGCCCUGCUGGAUUACGUGAGGAAACCUGCUACUAAACAAAUUUUGAAGGUUAAGGAUCAAAUUGAUAUGGCUGCUCAGUGUGCGGAUGGAAUGGCUUACCUUGAAAUAUCUGGUUUUAUCCACAGAGAUCUAGCGGCUCGUAACGUCCUGGUAAACGAAUCUAGACAGUGUAAGAUCGCUGAUUUUGGUCUGAGUAAGCUUGACGAGGAGUACACUGCUAGUAAUACCACUAGAUUCCCUGUCAAAUGGACAGCUCCAGAGGCUGCUCUCUACGGAAACUACAGUAUUAAGUCCGACGUGUGGUCAUUUGGAGUGCUGCUUUACGAGAUAAUAACCUUUGGAAGAGUCCCCUACCCCGGCAAAAACAACAAAGAGGUACUUGACAUGUUAGAAACAGAGGCUCGGAUGGAGAAGCCCAACAAUUGUCCAGAUGCAUAUUACGGUCUGAUGAUGACGUGUCACAAGCAGGACCCUAAUGAUAGGCCCACUUUCGAGACACUCAAGUUCCAGCUCGAGGACUACUUCUUCGGUACAACGGACAGGGAAUAUCAAUGAACCAUUUUCAGAAGGAUUAGAGAAGUGUAAAUAGAUUACAAUGGCGAUAAAUAAAGCAUGGCCAAACCGCAAUUCAGAAAGUUACGUUUGAGUUUUCUGCGGUAUUCGCAGAAUCAUCGAUUCAAACUCGAUAUUUUGAAGUGUUUUUUUACGCAGAUAGAGUUUUGUGACAGAAUUUGAGAAUUUCAGUUCAUCUUGAAUACAAGUUUUGAACUGUCGGCAAGAUACUGACGAGUGGCGACUUGUGUUAGUCUACGAGUUGUGGAAUUUAUAGAAAUUCAGUUUGUUUUGUGUGUCAAAAUGUUUGUGACGAAAUUAAAAAUGUCCGUUCAAUUCAAGAUAUUAUGUAACAAAGUUGUCAUUUACAUUCAAACAUUCAUUACAGCUUCGUUUUGAUUUCAUAAAGUAUUAGUUUUUAACUUUUUGAAAAAAGGUUCAUCAUAUUUUAUAACCAUAGUUUUCUAAAUAAGAAUAUUUUGAUUGUGUUGACCGAUUUUACAGCAUGUAAUUUGCAUUUUACCUUGUCGAUUAUACCUGUUUUAUUUGCAAAGUGGUAUCUCAGCAAAUUUUAACACAAUUUCAAGAUUUAAUUAAAUCUUUGAUUGAUUAGUUUUAGUUGAUGUUGGUUUUUAAUUUUACUUACUUACAGAA